AUGUCCACUGAGCCAGUCAAUCCAAUUCAACUCGAUAUCAGUCAAGAACAAGCACCUCUCUUGUUAAAGAAUGCACUUCAUUUGACUGCAGAUCAGAACAACAUUAUCUAUAAACCCUACAGUAUUUUUGGUGAACAAUUAUCACAUAUAUCAGAGGAAGAUGCAAGUCAACUGGAUCGCAUGUUUACAGAAGAAUCAUUAAGACCUGUGGCUAGUUAUCAAAGUGUGGAUGCAGUCUCUUUUCAGAGUGAAAGUGUCUAUCGCUAUGAAGAGAACACGAUAGUGCCUUGUCAUGCAUUGGCCUUACUACCGUUACCAACACCCUUGGAUCCACUGGUGGGUAUCUAUAUCAAAGACAGCCCAGAACAAGAGUUAAUAUACCCUGCCAUGCCCAAAGCCAAUAUUUGGAAGACAUCAACACUCUCAUUGACCUUAUUGCUUCUGGGUAUGGGUCAUGGACUGAUCAACCCUUUUUUGUUUGUGUAUGUCCAUGAGAUUCUCGAGAUCUCUUUUAACAUGAUUAGCUGUUUGAUCAUGGCCCAUUUCUUGUCUCACAUGCUCAUGUCUUUUGUGAUUGAAAAAUGGUUUUUUCAUAGGUUCAAGUUAACAUUAAUCACCACCAGUGUUCAUAUCACACUCAUACUUUGUUCUAUUCUUUACCCUUGUUUUAAAUCCAAUCAUCUCACUACAUGGGCUGGUUUACUUGUUCUACAGGCACUUCAAGUGUGUGCUUUUCAGUUGAUAUGGUCAAGUGCAGCUGAUCAAGCCCAUCUGAUGCACUGGAACCAGAUGGAUCGAAUGAAACAACGUGCCACUAUAUCAGCCUUAUAUACAAGUAUUGGUCCUGCUUUGGGUGUAUUGAUAGCAGGGUGUAUAUUGCAGUCAGAGAAGAGGAGUGAAGAUUAUAUCUUGAUGUACAAGAUAUGUGUUGCAUUGUUCUCUUUAAGUUUUGUUAUUUCUUGGGGAUGGACAUCUGAUGAAUAA